CUCUACACUCUCACCUUGUAUGCAACAUCACAGAGCCUGUGUCACGAUGCAAGUCCCUAGACACUAGUCGCUCCACAGCGAUAUCUGACCAGUCGCGUUAAUCGUCGACAUGCACGUUGAGCGUGUGUGGGCAUCGACGAGCGUUUACCCUUUCGGCCGAACAGUGCUUUUGCCUGUUACGAUCAAAAAUGCGGUUUUUGAGGAUGUCCUUUGUCCGUACUAUAAUGCCUUUCGUCACCAGUCGAAUGGAAGCGAAGCGGCAACAAAGACUAGUCUCCGAGAGUCAUGCAAUUACAAACAGAGAGAAGCUUCCUGGCAUAGCAACCAGCGAAGAUCGAGUCAACAGAAGGCAGUUUCGUGGCCGUUGUGCUGUUCGAUUAGGACGUGACGACAGCUUCCCUGGAAGCGCCGUGGCUCUUGCGAGUUUUGUUUCUUGGGGUGUAUAUCGAAUUCCGUUGUGUGUCAUGAGACUGACCUCACGGCGACUAAGCGAAGAGAAUGUAAACUGGUUACAGCAAAGCGGCGGAACACCGGAAGCCACAUUGCAUCACUCCUCAUGUCGGACUUCAGAGACGGGACCUCUCAAGAGUGAGGCUCAAGGUCUAGACCUGUCCGUCCCUGUAGCCUGGAGCGGCCUUGCAGGCCCCUUCGUUCUACCGACUUUGCUUUCUGGUCAUCCUGUCAUUGUCUUUCGCGAUCUCGUCAAGUUUCUGCAUGGGAUAGAGCAUCGAUACACCCCUCAAGGCGACACUCAGCAUAGCUAUUGGCGUGGAAAUAGAAGUGCGUGGUGA